GUUUCAAGCCCCACCUAUCAAUCUCUUAAGUCCUUAACAAUAGCACUCCUUCGUUGCUUCAAUCACUUGCACUCUUUCCUUCAACGUAGAGAAAAUGUUUUGCCAAAAAAAUGGUGCAAAGGGGGAAGACCCAAGGCUUCAAGCCAUUUCCGAAGCCAUCAGAGUGGUGCCUCACUUCCCCAAACAAGGCAUAAUGUUUCAAGACAUAACAACAUUGUUGUUGGAUCACAAGGCGUUUAAAGACGCGGUUGACAUUUUCAUUGAUCGUUACAGAGACAUGAGCAUUUCCGUUGUUGCCGCAGGAGUGGAAGCCAGGGGAUUCAUUUUUGGUUCCUCAAUUGCGUUAGGCAUUGGUGCCAAGUUUGUUCCUUUGUGCAAACCUCAAAAGCUACCAGGUGAAGUAAUUUCAGAAAAAUAUGUUCUAGAAUAUGGAACUGAUUGUUUGGAGAUGCAUCUUGGUGCUGUGAAGCCCAGUGAACGGGUCAUAAUUGUUGAUGAUUUGGUGGCUACAGGUGGAACUCUGUCGGCAGCAAUUAGACUUCUAGAACGUGCUGGUGGUGAAGUUGUGGAAUGUGCUUGUGUCAUUGGUCUGCCUGAUCUGAAGGUACAAUGCAGGCUUAAUGGAAAGCCACUUUACAUUCUUGUGGAGCCACGUCAAGUAGAAAAUUGUUUCUGAGGUGGAAAAUCAUAUUGAACAUAUGAAGAAAUGGUUGCAUAAUGAGCCUUUGGAAUACUCUACAACCGUUUAGUUUGGAGGUCUCACGAUGUCCAAUACCCCCAGAGAUUUCAAACAAAAUUACUCAAUGGAGGCACCAUUUUGCUAAUUUAGAAACAUUUUAACGUGACAUAUAUAUUUUUCAUGGGCUACCAGUCCUAAUGGUACCUUUUUUUUUUA